AGGUUUUUUAAAUACACCGUUUGGUCCACUUUAUCAUUUUUUUUCUCUCAAAGUAACUGGUAUUUAAUUUAGCUAAGCCUUGAAGGAUCAUCAUGGAGGUCAAAUCUUAACUAGUAGAGAAGUGUGUAAGGUUGAAUUGGGACGCGCCCGAUACGAGCCAGCUUCCGCUGCAGCCCCACUGCACUUCAGCUAACAACUCACAUGGAGCUCACUGUUGUGUUAUUGAGCUAGUGCUAGUGCUAGUGCUAGUGUUUAGCUGCUGGUUUUGAGUUUAUUGCCUGGUUUCUCCUCCGGUUUGGCACAAAAGUACCUAUAUUAACAUUAGCAAUGAGUCAAGCGGAUAGCAGCAGCGAAGAAGAAGACACUGCCAAGUUGAGAGAGGCUGUUUGGAGUGGAGGAACAGGAGCACACAGCACAUGUAUUAGAGAUGGGGAGAGGAAUGGCAAACAGAGUAACAGGGUGGACCCGUCCAAGCAUGAAGAGGAUGGGAAUGAGCUCCAGACCACACCAGAGUUUAGGUCUCACGUUGCCAAGAAGUUGGGGGCCAUUCUGGACAGUUGUAUAUUAGAAGUGUCUUCAGAACGUCCAGGUUCCAAACAAGAAAUGUGUAAAAACAAAGAGGAGGAGGAGGAAGAAGAAGAUAAAGGUUUUCGAGUUUUCUCUACAUCUCUACCGGGAAAGUGGUGGAAAGAACCAACCCCCCCUCCUGCUCCCAAACGCCCACCAGCUCCCAGCUCCAGUGACAGUGACAGUGAAAUGGAGCUAAGGUUGAGAGAAGCUGCCGUUUCUUUAUCAGACCUCAUCGGACCUCCAUCCACAGAAAACACCAAAGAAAAAGAGAAGAUUGUUAGCAAAGAGGAGGAUGGCACAGAAAACACAGAACCAGAAAAGAAAAAGAAAAAGAAGAAAAAGAAGAAAGCUCCAACAGAGGGAACAGAGGAGGAGGAUUCCUUAGUGAAGGUUAAUGUGGACCUCACUCAUAAACAAAGUAAACAUGAACAGAUUACAGAGGAACCAGUGACAAAGAAAAAAAAGAAGAAGAAGAAAAAGAUCAAACUGGAUGAGGGAGAGUGAAGGACUGGUGUUAGUCUUGUUUUGACCUGGAGUUUCAUUGGAGUUCAUGUUUUCUACAGUUCAGUCAGUUCUCUAGAGCUUAGUUAAGCUCCUGUUCCCAUAUUUUAUUGUUAUGUAAAUAAACAUAUUUAAAAAAAAUCCCACUUGUUAUUGAAUGCAAAACCACUAUAAGCAUUGAAGGUGAUUUAAAACCAUCACAUUUAUAACACAAUCUGCAUUUUAUUUUAUUUAUUUCCAUCAUCGCAGAUCAAACAGCACUUUAUUAGAGAUGAAGGCAGCAAGUAGCAGAAUGUUCAAGUGUUCAUUAAUAAAGUAAGUUGGUUUUGA